GUCUCCGCAUGUUUUGCGAUAAUGAACGCCAAAUUCUUCAGACCCAAGUCAAUACGUAAUUUCUUCGUACGUCUACUGAGAAGCAAUCCGACAGAUCCCGAAACAGAGAAGCCUGAUAGAAUUGGUAAUCCAAGUAUUGAGGCUGUUGCUUCUCAGGCGAGUCCAGUACCGACACCACCACCUGAUCCUAUCAGGCCUGUGCCACAGAUACCAGAUACUGAUGUACCAACGGCCAAAGUAUUCAUAGCACUUUACGAUUACGAUGCCAGAACUGACGAGGACUUGAGUUUUCGUAAGGGUGAGCAUCUGGAGAUACUCAAUGACACACAGGGUGACUGGUGGUUAGCCAAGAGCAAGAGAACCAGACAAGAGGGAUAUAUUCCCAGUAAUUAUGUCGCCAAGUUAAAAUCCAUCGAGGCUGAACCAUGGUACUUUAGGAAGAUCAAACGCAUUGAAGCUGAGAAGAAAUUGUUGCUGCCUGAAAAUGAUCACGGAGCUUUCUUGAUUCGUGAUUCAGAGAGCAGACACAAUGAUUAUUCCUUAUCCGUUCGCGAUGGCGAUACGGUUAAACAUUAUCGUAUACGCCAGUUGGACGAGGGUGGAUUCUUCAUCGCCAGGAGAACAACAUUCAGAAAUCUCCAGGAUCUUGUUGAACACUACAGUAAAGACGCCGAUGGUUUAUGCGUCAAUCUCUGCAAACCCUGUGUCCAGGUGGAGAAACCCGUGACCGAAGGGCUAAGUCACAGAACGCGAGAUCAGUGGGAGAUUGAUCGAUCGUCAUUGAAAUUUGUGAGAAAACUUGGACAGGGCCAGUUUGGUGAGGUUUGGGAGGGCCUGUGGAAUAACACAACGCCAGUUGCCAUUAAGACACUUAAACCAGGUACAAUGGAUCCCAAAGAUUUUCUCGCUGAGGCACAGAUCAUGAAGAAACUCCGACAUAGCAAGCUCAUACAACUGUACGCUGUUUGCACAAUGGAGGAGCCCAUCUAUAUCAUCACCGAGUUGAUGAGGAAUGGCAGUCUACUGGAAUUCCUCCAAGGAAAAGGCAGAGGUCUGAAGCUCCAACAAUUGAUCGAUAUGUCAGCGCAAAUAGCUGCCGGAAUGGCAUACCUAGAAUCACAAAAUUACAUCCACCGAGACUUGGCGGCCCGUAAUGUUCUAGUUGCCGAUGGUAAUGUCGUGAAAAUUGCUGAUUUCGGUCUUGCUAGGUUGAUUAAGGAGGACGAGUAUGAAGCAAGAAUAGGCGCUCGAUUUCCCAUUAAAUGGACAGCCCCCGAGGCUGCUAAUUACAGCAAAUUCAGUAUUAAAUCGGACGUAUGGUCGUUCGGUAUACUCCUGACUGAACUUGUCACGUAUGGACGUAUUCCCUAUCCUGGCAUGACAAAUGCUGAAGUAUUGCACCAAGUGGAGCACGGCUACAGAAUGCCAUGUCCACCAGGUUGUCCAACAGCUCUCUACGACAUAAUGCUCGAGUGUUGGAACAAGGAUCCAAUGAAGAGGCCCACAUUUGAGACACUCCAGUGGAAGCUCGAGGAUUUCUUCACAAUGGAGAGCUCUGAAUACAAAGAAGCCUCUGCCUACUGAGUCUUAACCAUCACUACACCACUAUCCUAAUGAAAUUUGACAUUUUAUCCGCUACCAGGGCAUUUGAAAUAUUUUUCAUUGCAUUGGUUUUUAAAUCAUUCUGGCUGCCAUAGACCAAGCGAUAAAAAAUCACUUGCACUUGGAUAUUAUCGAGAAUUGAACACUCAAUGUGUUUUAUAUUUAAAACCUCGAGAGAUAGCGAAUCGCCUCUUGAAACGGCUUUAUCUGAGAUCAACACGGAUGCGUAUGUUACUCGCCGGAAGCGCUUCAACCAUUGGUGAUUGUUUGGCAUUUGAAUAGUGAUAUCAUCGCUUCCAAGUAUGAAAACAAACUCACAACUAUUCAAUAUAAAUCACCAUUUUUUACCAAUUGUUUUUUUUUUCUCUGGUCUUGUUUUGUUUUUGGUUCUUGUGGAUCGUGUGAGUGAGAUUUUUUUUUCAUUCAAUUUUUUAUUUCAAUAGACAUUUUACUCGUUUUUCAUGGAUUUUUUAAUCGGUCCGUCCAACCGGCAAGACAACUCACGACCGUCAAUAGCAGACAAAUUAUAGUACUCUUGCCUCGGUUUAUUCAAUCAAUUUUUACAUUCAAUCUCCUAUUUGCUCACACGAUCCGUUUGUCAAUGAACGUCAAUAGAAUUCCAGAGCAAUGUAAUUUUUAAGGUGAUUAUGAAAAAAACAAGAAAAUUAAUUAUUGUUCAGUGUUGAAUAGAAAUUAAGAUAUGACGAGUAGUUUAUCUACCAUAAGUUUAAAGAUUCAUCGACUUUGAAGUGGAAAGAGGCGAGACAAUUUUUCUUAACGAAUUCCGGAUAAUUUCCUUGGAUUUGGUGGAGCUCAUGUUUUUGUACAGAUAUCAUUUUUGACGACACACAAAGGAAGUGAAAGAACAAAUGGAAAUAUGACGAAAAGGACGUGGAGUCUUAACACCUCGAUAAUAACGACAAUUUCAAGCAUAAGAUACCAUUGAUACAUAAAUAAUUAUGUAUGCAUAUGUGUGUAUACAUAUAGUAUACAUACGUAUAGUAUUAUACAUAGUAGGAAGAGUAAUGAUAAUAUUUUAUAUUAAUUGUAAGAUUACCGAAGAACAAGAAGAAAAAUAAAAAUCGAGAGGAUGAAUGUGAAGGGUCGUACAAUGAGACAGUCUUCGACUGAUUAACGAACAUGUUUAACAGAAAAUUAAAUCCAGGAUGGACGAAUAACGAAGAACUAUAUUCCUUUAAAUUCAAGAACGGGCACUUGCACGAUUCAAGUGAUAUUUGUUAUAAAAACAUGUAUUCUAGCGCACCGUGUGAAAAUUAAAAUGAAGUGGCUUGUGAGUUGCGUUAAAUCGAUCGCUUAAAUCACACUUUCAACGCAAUUUGUCGAUUAACAGAUUAAUAAUUAAUUUUUCUACUCAACAAUAUCGAGAAUUUCAUGUUAGUCUGAUAUUCCCGUUCUUGACGUCAUCACGAUAUAAAUGAAAAAAAACGAUAGAGAAAGCAUGAAAAAUGUUUUCUAAAAUGUAGGAACGUCCAACAAACAUCGACGAGCGUACAUUAUAAAUAAUUAUUUUAAAGUUUCCGUCGAGUUUAUACUUCCUUUGUCAGUUGGCCUCCUUUUCUACUAUUUUACUAUUAUUAAAUAUCAUUGCAUUAAUAAUAAAAACAAGAAUGAACAUAUA